AUGGCAUAUCGAAAUGAAAAUGGUUUUAUUCGUUCAACAAAUACGACGACAACAGCAGCUACGACUGGAACAACUACAGGCGAUAAUGAUCGAACUCUUUUGGAUAAACGUGCUAUUCAAGAAUUAAUUAAACAAGUUGAUCCAAUGAUGCAAAUAGAUGAAGAAGUUGAAGAUAUGUUAAUUCAAAUAGCAGAAGAAUUUGUUGAUUCAACAUUAACUGCUUCAUGUCAAAAUGCAAAACAUAGAAAAUCAAAUACUGUUGAAACAAAAGAUGUUCAAUUGUAUCUUGGCAUGAAUAAUUCUUUUUAUAAAUCAAUAGGAAUUAUUUUCUUGUUUUUAGAACGAACAUAUAGUAUGUGGGUUCCAGGUUUUGGUACAGAAGAUCCAAAACAAUAUAAAAAAUUUUUAACAAAUGAUGCACUUAAAGCAUCAUUAAAAACACCAUAUAUGUCGUCAACAACAAAUUCUAAACCAUCAAAUUCAAAACAAUAA